UCUCUCCUCCCCCCCGGCGAAAAGAGCGACGACGCGUUGAUCCGGGUCCCGGGUGGGCGCCGGGCGGGGAGCCAGAGCCGACGACGUGGCAUGGACGAAGAGGAAGCCGGAACGCCGUCCCUGGACGGAGGCGGAAAAGAGAGCCGGGAGAGGGAGGAAGAGGCGCGGAUGGUGGUGAUGGGCAAAGAUGGAACCGGCAAGUCGGCCCUCAUCGUCCGUCUGCUGACCAGAAGAUUCAUUCACGAAUACGACCCCACUUCCGAGGACGUCUACGCCUUCGAGACGCUGAUCGACGGGAAGAGGGCGCUGAUGAAGAUCAUGGACACGGCCGGGCUGGUGGAGAGAACGGCGCGUCGAAGGGAAAGACAGAUCGAGUGGGGCGACGGAUUUCUGCUGGUCCUGUCUUCCACUAGUCGAGAGUCCCUGAGAGACGCCGUCCGCAUCAAGGAGAUGAUCGACCGACUUCCGGAAAAUCGGAAGAAGCCCCUGGCGCUGGUGGCCAACAAGAGGGACCUGGUGCACGCCCGUGAGGUGACUUCUGCCGAAGUGCGCGAACUGGCUGGUGGAUGGCGCUGUCGAGUCUUCGAAACUUCGGCCACCGACGACUACGGAUCCGUCUCCGAACCAUUCUUCGCCCUGUACCGCGAUAUCCUGAGGGACAGGGAGCGCCGGGGGCUCUUCCCUCGCUGCUGCCCGUCCGAGGGCGAAAUAGCGCUAUCCGACGUGGACAAGAGAUACAGGAACAGGCUGUCCACUAGAUGACCCUUUCUUUUCUUCGUUCGGCCCCAAUUGCCUCCCGGGUUGAAUCUCUCGCCCUCCUCCUCCUUACCCCGUUAGGCUUUAUUUACGCGCCCAGACGGAAUCGGAGCGUCGGGAAGAGAAACGUAGAGGCUGCGGCCUGAAGAAAAUGUACUCGUUCGUCCGCAGAUGCAAUAAAACGUUGCGUUGAAAGCGGGAAUUUUUGUCAAUUCACAAACCAAAGAAAACUAAUUUGUAACUUUCGGGAGGCGACCAUACAUUCGUC